AUGUCACAAAACGGUUCAACCAAUCUUUGGAGCAAAGUUAAGUCGAGUACCAAAUCUUUGUCCUCCUCAAUCCAAAACCUUACUAUAAAACAAGAACACGAUGGAGAUUCACCAACCAGCACAUUAGUACACAAGGCUCUUGUGAAAUACUACUCCACUCAAGAGCCAUUUCAGGGGUACCCCGAGUGGUUAGGACAUAAGGCAGAUCCAUCGGAGGAAAGAAAACACAUGACUAGAAGAGAUGAGAUGGACAAAACCGGCUCAUCGCAGGUCCCUGCUGGUCAGAGACAAGGACAUGGACAACCACAACCACCGCAGCAAGGAUAUGGCCAGCGACAAGGAAAUGAUCAUGGUCAUGGCAUUGUACCUCAAAGAAGAACUCCGGGAUCCUCCUUGUUCCAGGGUAUUGUAUCGUCAAAUAAUCAGAACACUGUGGGUUCGCAUGCAUCGAGUGUAUCCACAAAUGCGGGUAUGCAUUCGUUUAAAAGUGAUCCAUCUUUAUCUACUGCAGAUAGACCAUCUAUAUCUUCCAAUUCGAGCAGAUAUGAUUCUGUCUCGUCACGUUUGAUGCAAAGUAGGCUACGUAUGAAUCGGGUUCCGUCCAAUCCACAGUUUGAAACUUAA